GUUGGAGACCCACCAGUUAAGCCAUGUUGUAGCCUUCUUGACGGCCUUGUUGACCUUGAGGCUGCCAUUUGCCUUUGCACUGCUAUCAAGGCUAACAUUCUUGGAAUCAAUCUAAAUGUACCAGUGUCACUCAAUUUGCUUCUAAACGUUUGUAGCAAGCAAGUUCCAAAGGACUUCAUAUGUGCUUAAACAAUCAACCGACUAUGUAAUCUGUUUGUGUGUGUAUGUGUGUUAAUUUUCAACUGUGAGAGUGUUUAUUGUUAAUUUGAUCUCCGAAAGGGAGAAAGUAUUUUAAUUUGUUUGUAAUGAUCGUUUUCAGAAUUAUUUUGUGGGGAUUAAAUUUUAUAUUUGAUGCUUUUGUUUAUUUCGUA